GUUUAAAUGAUAUCUAGCGAGUGCGAUGUUUAACUGUUGAACCUAAUCUCUUCCUUCUGUGCAGAACCUUCAUCAAUGGACACUUCUUGUCGGGAGCAGCUGGCAGGACUCGAUUCAACGCUGCCUCCAAGCGAGUUGCUUGGAAAUUGCACCGGUUUACCCGGGUUUCUCAACGACAGCUGCUGUCCUUUAGCAGCGGAGGAACCAGGGGAUGGCUGGAUAUUCGAUCGCUUCGAUGUGAAGGUCAUCCUUGUCAUCGCUUACAGUAUGGUCUUCUGUUGCUGCUUCUUCGGGAACCUGCUGGUCAUCGGAGUCGUGAUCACGAACCGGCGUAUGCGGACAACGACCAACUUCUUUCUGACCAAUCUGGCGGUGGCCGACCUUUGCGUGGCCAUGUUCUGCGUGUACCAGAACCUGUUCUUCUACCUGACCCCACAGUGGGUACUUGGAGACUUCCUGUGCCGCAUGUACUUCUUUGUGCAUGGGCUCAGCUACACGGCAUCGAUUCUUAUACUCACCGUAAUCUGCGCGGAGAGAUACCUGGCCAUUGUGCAUCCAAUGUUGAACAAGCAGGUGGUGACGAUGACGCGGCUUCGCGUGACCAUUGUCACGGUCUGGUUCGUCAGUGCUGCUUACUGCAGCCCUCGAAUCGUAAUGUACGGCACCGUGGAAGCAGUGGUGGACGACAAGCGAGAAGCCCUCUGUGUGCUCCAGAGGGCGCUGUACGACUCGAAGACGUACGACCUGGUAAAUUUCGUCGUCUGCUUCCUUGUGCCUUUGAUAAUCAUUACCGUCUUGUACGCCAUCAUUUGCUACCAGCUAUGGCACAGUCAAGCCAUCGUGUCGCAACCACAAAAUCACAUCGCCGCCCAGAUGAACCACCAGCUUGUACUGAACUCCACACUGAGUCAUCAAAAGUCACACCCACACCAACGGAUAGCGGGAACACCGCCAAACCAUCGGCGGUCUGGCUCGGAGGAAGAUUCCGAGUCACCACCUCCGGUUGACUCGAAGCUAGAGUACGCUCAAACUUUUGUAACGGCCUCCAGCAAUACUAAGGAGCCUUGUUCAACGACGACAAUUGCGUUGACCAUGCCCUAUUCAAGUUCCACACAGAGGAUCGCCGGUGGCCAACAGUUGAACAGAGUGACAUCUGGCUGCAGCCGCUGCGGAAGCGUGGAAGCUCCAACGACGCCGAAGGUUCCCGUCAAGACGUUUUAUUACGCCAACAGCGCCGCAGCGUCGGCGCUGAGGCCGCGGCGCAAAGUAAUCCGCCUUCUGGUGGCCGUUGUCUUCAGCUUCGCCCUGUGCAACUUGCCUUUUCACGCACGCAAACUCUGGCAACAUUGGUCCCCUGAAUACAACGGAUCCAGUCCAGGAGCCGCCAUCUUGACCGUGGUGACGAACCUUGUGUUAUAUCUGAACUCGGGACUCAACCCAUUUCUCUACGCUUUGUUUUCUAAGAACUUCCGGCAGUGCAUGGCCGACGUGUUAUUCUGCCGGAACCAAAGGUUCCGGUCGAAGAGCCGAUCCUCAUUCCAAGCCAUGUCCAAGUCUCUCAACUCGAAUGUGAGCCUGGGAACGCCUCAGGCUGCUCGCCUGGCUCGUGCACAUCGCAAAGAAAUGCAGCAGCAACACUUGUGACUGCCGCAACAUCCUCCUCAUGUCAAUGUUCCGAAUGUUAUUUUCUCACUAUGAAUAUUGUUCAAUGCGCUGUAUGAAACCGGCUCAUCGUGCGGCUAUUUAUUUCUUCUUUUGAAAGGUUGCCAAACCGUUUGCACUUUGGCGGCCUUGCAAAGGAAGAAAUAAACCGCCGCACGAUAUAUAUAUAUAUAUAUAUAUAU